AGCAUAUUAUAUCAUGUCAUCUAACAUUAUAUAAUUCUAAAUAUUUACAAAAUCAAAUUUAAUAAAAAACACUUUAGCAAAUCAUUUGUUAAAAUAAAAUUAUAUAUAUUUAUGUUAAAUUAUUUUUUAUUACAUUAAUAUAUUAGAAGUUUCAUUCAUCUCUUAAAAUAUUAUUGAAGAUUAUUUUUUUCCUACCAUGUAAACCAAAUACCGGGUCACACUUGAUUGCAUGUUUUUUGAAGUUUGCAUGCUUUAAAUUAACGAGUUUUCAUUAAAUCUAAACCAGCUUAUGUACAAGUCAUCGUGUUUACUGGUUCGACGACGGGUCCAAACUUGAUAUAAAAGUAUUGUUCUCAUCUAAUUGAAAAUAAUUUAUUUUAAAAUAAUAGACGCACUAAGUCUGAUCAAUCCAUAUAAUUUUUUUUUGAAAAAAGUAAUCAAACGAUUAAAAAUAUAAUUACAUAAUAAUAAUUUUUUUGACAUAAUAAAAUUUUGUAACAUAAUAAUGUAUAACAAGACUAAAAUACUAAUUCAUAUCAUAUAUUUUUAUCAACUGAAAAAUAAUCAGCGCUUUUAAGCGCGGGUCAAAAUCUAGUAUAAUGUUAAAUAUCUUUUGCAAAAUGCAAUGAGCUACUACACUUUGACACGCGAGUUUUGAUGUCCCUACUUCCUUGGACUGUCCAAAAAACAAAUCAAUCCCAACUAUAAACCAUAUCCAGUUGACUUUGUUUGUGAAUUUAAUAUAUGAGGUUGGAUCAGAAGCAAAAUCAAACUGACAUUAGUAUUCUUUACCGCCUACCGUAUAAAAUUGAUAAUGCAGUUCUUCAAUCCUACUAUUGUUGCUUGUUGGCAGUACUAAAUUGCGAAGCUAAAUGUGAUAGCUUGAAAUGAUAGCGUGUGCAAAGUAAUAUAUUACCAUAUACAAAGUGAAAUUCACAAUAAUCGAAAACUAAAAUAGACAAACUAAAUGUGGCAGUUAACUUUAAUACAUGAGUUCUCGAGAUUUGCUGUGAAUUUUGACAAUUGUUAUAAUCAGACAUCUUAAUUCAUAUAAUGUAAAGUCAACUCUUGUGUAACAAAGAGGAAAACAAUCUAUAUAAAAAAAAAGAUUUCAAAUGUAGCAUUGCUUAUUGGGCCAAAUUCACCGGCUCAUUAAAUAGAGCCCACUAACAACGCCUUAAGUAAAUAGAUUAAAUUUUUUUUGAAUACGCCCUAAUUUUCUCAAAACCGGAGACAGACACACACAAUGAAUCUUCUUCCGUCGUCGACUUCGGUGACGCCAGCUUCGGAUUCGGACACGUCAGCGGAAAAGUCCCCGGAGAUAUGCGAAGGCUGCGGCAGCCGAGACUCCUGGAUCACACACUCGGCUCGUUUCCGUUGCAUCAUCCACUUCUACUGCACGCACUGCCUCUUACGCAAACAUCCGACGUCGUUUUGCCCCUCCUGCUUCGCCUUCUACGAUUCCUCCCCGCCGCACCACUCUCGCCGCGUCUCCUGCUCCGACUGCGGCUCCUACACGCACAUCCACUGCGCCGCCGACGACGCAAACUCAAACUCCACUCCUUACCGAUGUCCUCCUUGCCGUGACCCCGACUCCUUCUCCUUCUUCCGCCCUAUCGUCGACGCCAACGGCGUCCGCUGCGUCGAUAAAUCCCUCUCGGCAGCGUUCUUAUGCGCCGCGAAAAUCUCCGCAUCUUCCAUGAACAAGGCCGUCAGCUUGGCUAAAUGCGAAGCCGAGCGGAAGGGUAAAGACGCUGCCGUGGCGAGGAAGAGAGCGCGCGAGGCUCUGGAUGACGUCAUCAAGCUCGACGAGAAGGCGAAGUCGGACGUUGAGCUCUCCGCGAAUCGAGAUCAGAAACCAAGUCUGAGUCCUGCAUCCACCAAUUCAUAUCAACUCAAGAAACCGAAGGCAGAUCACCCUUCAGUUAAGCAAGAACAUUAAUGUUUUGUCUGGACAACAGACAAGUAUGAUAACUUGAAGCAGUUCGUGUUCUCCAUGAAAGAAGCUUCAAGCUAGGAUUCGAGUUUGGUGUUAGAUUAUGCAAGUGAUCUCUUUUAUUUUAGGGGUUGUUUAGUGACUUUGUGUAGAAGUAGUUUUUGGAACUAAACAAUGCUUCAAGUUAUUCAUAUGAAUAUUUUAAGAUC